CAUGCGGCAGCGUCUCAGCCUGAGUGACGCAAAUCUGCUAGCAUCAGGUGCUGCUGGACACGACCUGCACUGGCUAGGGCCGCUUCGGCAUUAGGAUGACUGACGAAGAUUCUGACAGUGUAUACACCGAUUCCCAGACAGGGGAGGAGAGGGAGCUGCCCGUUAUCCAGUUGUGCGGAUUGGUGGAGGAACUCAGUUAUGGAAACUCUGGUCUCAAAAGGGAGACAGAGAUGUUUGAGAAAUAUUAUGCUAAACUGGAAACAAGGGAUCAGCAACCUUUACGGAUAUCGGAUGCUAAAAUAGCGUCAGAAUUCGCUCAGUUUAGAGGCCGGCGUAGAUCUAAGUCCCGCCCAGGUACAGACCAUUUGAUGGGCCUCACUGUUGACCAGAAACUUGACCUUGUAAAAAAAGAGCUGGAAGACACUAAGGAUGAAAUAAGGCAUGUGAGGGCUAAUGCUGAACGGGACCUGCAGUACCAUGAGGCAAUCAUCGAAGAAGCUGAAAUUCGAUGGACUGAAGUUCAGAAAGCAGUGCAUGAGUUUGAAAAAGAUAUUCUAAAAACCAUAUCCAAGAAGAAAGGGAGUAUCUUGGCUACUCAGAAAGUGAUGAAAUACAUUGAAGACAUGAACCACCGGAGGGAUAAUAUGAAGGAUAAAUUACGUUUGAAAAAUGUUUCUCUCAAAGUUCAGAGGAAAAAAAUGCUCUUACAAUUGAGGCAGAAGGAAGAGGUAGGCGAGGCCCUCCACGAAGUUGAUUUUCAGCAGCUGAACAUCGAAAACGCUCAGUUCUUAGAGAUGAUUGAAGCAAAGAAUCAAGAACUGAUUCAGCUGAAGCUGGCAUCUGGCAACACCCUGCAGGUCCUCAGCACCUACAAAAACAAGCUCCACCAAGCAAUGGAAAUGUACAACAAUUUGGACAAGGAGAUCUUGCUGAGACAUGAACUGCUUGAAAAAAUUCAAAGAGAAACCCUACAAGUAGAGGAGGACCGAGCCAAAGCAGAGGCUUUGAACAAGAAAUUGCGGAAGCAGAUGGCUGAGUUCCGGGUGCCGCCGGUGAUGACGUAUGUCCGGGAGAAGAUCUUAAAUAAGGACCUGGAGAAGACCAUCAAGAUGUGGGAGCGGAAAGUGGAGAUUGCGGAGAUGUCCUUAAAAGGCUACCGCAAGACUUGGAAUAGAAUGAAAAUAACCAAUGAGCAGUUGCAGGCAGAUUUGCCCCCUGGGAAAUAACCAGGGUUAGGCCACAGC